GUCUGCUCGCGGCUCGCGGCUCGGUCUGACGUAGUCGGGUAGAGUGAGAGCAGUCGUAGGUCGCAGUCGCUCGCGGUCGUUCGUGAGUCACGAGUGAGUAGGAAGAGGAUCGACGAUGUCGCUGCUGCCGGGUGCGCUCGAGGCAGUCAAGGCUCGACGAGGACGCCAGCGUCUUCCAUAGGCCACGCUACGUUACGCUACGUAGCAACGUCGCGACGCCACGCGCUACUUAGCGCGUCGAAAGACCACCUUCACGUCUCCGUCGCAGCGGAGAAACGACGGUGGCGUUGAUCACAUCUCGCGUUCCUUCGUCUCGAGCCCGAUGCGCUCCAUUCCGCGAGACCAUGGCAUCAGUGAAGGUGGCCGUGAGGGUUCGACCCUUCAACAAGAGAGAGGUAGCGAUGAACGAGAAGCUGAUCGUACAGAUGAACGGCAAGAAGACGCGGAUCUUCAACACCAAGACACCGGAUAGCUGCAGAGAUAUCGACCGUGGGAAGUACAAAGACUUCACGUUCGAUCAUUCCUACUGGUCCUUCGAUUCAAACGACGAAAACUAUGCGUCCCAGGAAGAGGUUUUCUACGAUCUUGGUACGGACGUAAUAGAAAGUGCCUUCGAGGGCUACAAUGCCUGCGUUUUUGCCUAUGGCCAGACAGGAUCCGGGAAGACCUUCACGAUGAUGGGCACGCCGGAAUCUCAGGGAUUGAUACCACGAAUUUGCAAGACGCUUUUCGCUAGAAUGGCAGCUGGAAAGGAAAGCGGGGCGUCGUACAGAACGGAAGUAUCAUUCCUAGAAAUCUAUAACGAAAGAGUAAGAGAUCUACUUAGACUGGACCAAAGCCAAUCCCAUUCACUGAGGGUACGAGAACAUCCCACGGGAGGGCCUUAUGUUCAAGAUCUAUCGUGUCAUCUCGUCUACGAUUAUUCGGACAUUCAGGAAUGUAUGGUGAGAGGUAAUACGCACAGAACCACAGCCAGCACAAAGAUGAACGACGUGAGUAGUAGGAGUCACGCGAUUUUUACGAUAACUUUCGUACAAGCCGGCCUCUCGGAAGGCAACAUGCCGUCGGAGACUGUUUCCAAGGUGCACCUUGUCGACUUGGCCGGAAGUGAACGUGCGAAUGCGACCGGAGCGACGGGUCAACGACUCAAGGAAGGCGCGCACAUCAACAAGUCGUUGGUAACUUUAGGCACUGUGAUAUCCACGCUCUCUGAGCUCAGUUCUGCCAGCGGUGAUGCGUUUGCUACAAAACGAAAUACGUUUAUCCCUUAUCGCGACAGCGUGCUCACGUGGUUGCUAAAAGAUUCCCUGGGCGGCAAUUCCAAGACUAUCAUGAUAGCGACUAUCAGUCCGGCGGAAUGCAAUUACAACGACACUCUUAGCACUCUUAGAUACGCCAAUCGUGCGAAGAACAUUAUUAAUAAGCCGACUAUCAACGAAGACGCAAACGUGAAACUCAUCAGAGAACUCAGAGCGGAAAUAGAAAAAUUGAAGUCUCUCAUCGACAAAAAUAUGAGCGUGGAAAAACCGCCGCAAGUGCUGUUGGCUCAAAUCCAAGAGAAACAAGAACAAGAAAAGGUAUUAACCGAGGAAUGGACCGAAAAGUGGCGAGAAACGCAACAGAUUCUGCAAGAACAAAAAGCGCUAGGAUUAAGAAAGAGUGGGGUCGGUGUCGUUCUUGACUCGGAAAUGCCGCAUUUAGUCGGUAUCGACGACGAUUUGCUCAGUACUGGCGUUACAUUGUAUCACCUAAAAGAGGGAAAAACACUAGUCGGCACGGAGGAAGCUCCCGUUGUCCAGGAUAUUGUAUUGACCGGUGCGGAUGUGGAACCAGAACAUUGCGUGGUCGAGUUGGAUAGUGGCGUGGCGACGCUGCAUCCGCUCUCAUCUCACUGCUGGAUCAAUACUGCCCAAGUGGACAAACCGACAAGAUUAUCGCAAGGAUGUAUCAUACUUUUGGGUAGGAACAACAUGUUCCGGUACAACGAUCCGGCUGAGGCAGCGAAGCUUCGGAAGGAGGGUGGAUCUGGUAACGGCAACCUGCAAUCAACGGUUGUCAAUCUGUCGAGGUUGUCGCUCUUAAGUUGGAGCGUCUCCGAUCUGCACGCAUCCUGUUCUAGCGACAAUCUCUUGAACUCGAGCGAGGACCUCAGAGCGGUCGAGGAGUUGGAACAACAAAAAGCCGCUCUUCUGAAAGAAAAGGAAGACUUUAAAAGAGAACAAGAAGAACGCGAGGAAAGAUGGGCUGCUAGAAGGGAAGCGCUAGAAGGAGCCCAACGUGAAUUAGAACGCGAGUGGGGAGCACAAUGGAAAGAAUGGGCGGAUGCGAUUGCGGUCCUGGAGUCGCGUCAACGCGAGCUACGCGCGAGACGGCAUAUCCUGGAGCAAGAACGGCGGGACGAAAUGACGCAAGUAGAAAGUAUAUGUAGGGAAGUCGCCUAUCUGCGCACAUUAUUGCAGUCCAAGCAUCGACAAUUGCAAGAGCUCGUCAACAAUCAGGGACGUGCACAAACUUACCAGCAACGGUGGGAAAAGACGGACAAUGGUGCCGGUAGUGAUGACAGUCUGCCCGAAUCUUGGUCUAGUCUCAACGAUGAAAAGUGCAUCGAGAGUGUCAGAGAAUUAGUGAAUCAUCACAAAAAAGAGCUAGUCGCUUUAGAAAACGAGUUGCAGAGCAAGGUCAAAUCUUUAAAUGAACAUCAGAGUAAAGUGGAUAAGAUGGAGGAGGAACUGAUGGAGAUCGCGAAGAAGCAGAAGCAAAUAUUCAAGGCAGAACUGGGAGGUGAAGGAGUAACGGAGAAGAAACUAUUGUUAGCCAAACGAACUCAGGAACAGCUUGAAGAAAUCGAACGGCGUAAACACAGUCUAUCGUUGGACUUAAAACGCACUACGCCCGCGUUUCUGGAUGAUGGUUGUUCAUCGAAUGAUUGCGACGAGGCUUUCAGCUGUAAUUCUACAUCUUUCCACGAAGUGAACAAUAGAAAACAUCAGAUCGCCUCAGACUUGAAUUUGUUGCCGCAGAGUAUACCGAGCUCCGAUACCGUGGAAACAUUCCACACGGCAGCGGCUGAUUCUCCGGAACUUCGCAUAGCUUUCGAAGAUGUCGAUACGACAUGUAUAAACGAUCUGAUGAAAGAUAAAUCUGCAAUUGAAGACCGAGAUGACAGCUCAUCUGAAGUGGAUACUAAAAGCACGAUAAAUGCGAAUAGAGCUGCUUCCAUGGAGUUGGUGAGUGACGAAGAAGGGAAGGUACAACCGCCCACGGUGUCCAUCAUCCCGGAGAACAUGCUCCAGGAUACGUUGGAAUCGCCAAUACAGCAAAAUCCGGCGAUGAAGAGGCUGAACCAAAGAAUCGCACGUCAACGGAUGAUGGUGAUGAGAUGCUUGGACGCCGGUACCCCGUCGAAGGAAGAUCUCAAUCGACAAAUAAUGAUACUACAGGAUCUGCAGAGACAGCAGAUCGAAUUGGAAGUGUCUUUAUUGGAGGAUGAACGGAAAAAUCAUUCCACGAGGCGACUUCAGUGCGACGACGACGACAACAACCAUAGUGAUAGACUCGUCAUCAACGAAACCGAGGACUAUGUACAGAAUGAACCAAAUGCUUACUGUAGUGUUGUAGAACCUACCAAUAAUAGUUCCGCCACUCUAUUAACGGUAGCGCAAACCAGAUCUCAACUUUUCAGGAAUAACAGGCCUAAUACUAACGAUCAAGAGACUCUGUCGGAAUCAUUAGCGUCUAAAAGAUCCUCUAGUCGGGGUUACUCGACGGUUUAUUUGACGAGUCAGAAUCGCGGCGACCGCUUGAGUAGUCCGUAUUCUUUGACAAUCACGAGGUCUCUACCAUCAUUAAUAGCGAACGACAACGACUGUGUGAUUAAUAUGAUCGUCAGCGUGCCGUCAUAUGUGAUACGCGGAGCCGGCGCAUCCAGCCAUUAUGAAUACGAGGUACGAGUUGUGGCACAGGACGACAGUUGGACGCUGUUACGUAGAUACAGAAGGUUUCGGGAGUUGUACAUAUCGAUGCGACAGAAAUACGGUAGUAAGGUCGCUGCGAUACGAUUCCCCCCACGCCAAGUCUUUCCAAAGUACGAAGUCGUAGCGAGGCAACGUCGGAAACGCCUCGAAGAAUAUCUUCGCCGAUUAAUUCAAGUUUGUUCAGAACUGCCGCACUGCGAGCCCCUAUACAAAUACAACGGCAAUCUUAGUAAUAUAAACAAACAAUCUUUAUUGGAGUUUAGCUCAUUUUUCAGGCGCGGUAUGUUCGAGAGCGGCAAGUACGGAACUAGCUAAAAUACUAUCGUACAACCCUCAUCUUUUCGAAUGCCGAAGAAUGAGUAAGAGAAUUUAAUAAGUAAGUGAAAUAUGACAAAUGUUUAUUAUUUAUCGUAUUUUUGUCAUUUUCUUUUCUAUUUAUAGAAAUGCAGUAGCUAUAGCAAAAAAGAUAUUGGGUGAAUUGAGUAGCAACGACGUUUAUACAGAAUGAGUCUCGUAACAUUUAUCGCACACAAUACUUACAUUUCUUGAAUUACAUAUCAAUUCUAUGAAAAAUCAUAUAAAAAUGAAAGACUAAAAUGUUCCGUAACUUAUUGAUACUUUCAAUAAUAUUACAUUUAUCAGUAAUCGAAUUGCAAAUGUUAAGUGACUCAUCCUGCUUUGUAGCGUUACAAAAAAUAUAUAUGCUUCCAGAAGCUUAGCGAUCGUAAGACUGGUUUGUAGAAAAUGAGCAUUCUUCACUGAUACUGUCUCGUGCUCGCUGGAAAAUUCGCACAGAGACAAUAAUGUGGAAAGCAACGUGAUAUAUUCUUUAUGAGAGAGGAAAGACCGCAGCUAGCGAGACGAAAUAUAUCGCGUCAUAGCGAUUUAUUUUCUCUUUUACAGAUAUUUUCCUAAUGUCUUUCCAAUAGAAUUUCCCAGUAGAAUUCACGAAGUGUACUUUCCUUCGAUAUAGUCGAGUAUCAUGUAGUUAAUAUUAUCAUUCCAGUUACGUUUCACUAGCACAAACGUACAUUAUUGUAAAUGACGAUGCAGCGAAAGAACGAAUUCGUCAGCAACGGUGACCAUAACUUUGCAUAGUUUAUUCGAUAGCUGAAGAGUAUUUAUUUUGUGUGUCGAAAAGCAUUUUGUAUGCGCAAUCCGAAGUAGCGAAUCGACUAGCGAAUUAAAAGACUCCAAUUUCUAUUAGCGUAAUAAUAAUUAUCGGCUUGUGAACGUUGCAAUGUAUUACAAGCGAAAAAAAA